AAGGAGGGAACCGGCGUUGGUGGAAAGAAGUCGGCGAUCUCACCUUAGGAGAGAACGGGAGGAGAAGAGCCGAGGAAGGCGGCAGUACCGAAGCAAGCCUGUCUGGUCCAGCGUUCGCAAAACUCGUCUUUCGCACAGGAGAAAUAGCUCGCGUUCAACGUCGAAUCGACUUCCGGCCGAGCACGGUGCGUCGCGCGUUUUCCCUCGGCUUUUGUCGCGUUUUUCUUCUUUUCCUUCUCGCCAUUUUUUUUCCAUCGAUGCGCGAUACUCGCGGGAUUGCGUCCGCGUUGGUAGAAUAACGGGAACCCGGCAGAGAAAAGAAGAAGAAAAAAAAAAACGAAGGGAGAAACGGCAGAAAGACAAGCGGGAGGGAAGUUUUUGACGAAACAAUGUUUCGCCCCGUGGGAGUGUGAGGUGCUGUGGAUCGACUGAAAAUGCAGUGUUUCACGUGCGAACAGAAUACUCGUCCACGUGUGCCACGAAAACAACGAUUUUGCUCGUCGCGGCUCGCUUAGACUCCACUUUCGAACGUUCCACGGUACGUUCGCUCUCGCCGAGACCGACAAGAAAUUGAGAGCAACACGAACAAGCGAUUCCGCGUUCCUCAGUUACAAGGCGUCAUUGGAAGUAGAGUUGUGGGGGCGGCGUCAGGAGCAGCAGGGAUGUCUGGCGAGGCAGGUUUAGCCGGGGUACCUAGACUUCUGGAGGAUCUGGCUCGACUUUCAGAAGACAAAGAUACAGCCGACAUUAUAUUUCUGCUAGGAAGAGACGAAACGCCAGUGUACGCUCACAGAAUUAUCCUUCAAGCGAGAUGCAAAAACUUCACAGCUGCAAAGAGAAUCGGUACGCCUGCAAAUCCAACAUCUAUGCGUAUGCCGCACGCCCACCCGGAGACUUUCCGACAAUUCAUCCACUAUAUAUACACUGGCAAGAUCAUGCUACAGGACAGUGGCAUCUUCGAAAUGUUGGGACUUGCUCAAGAACUGGGAGUCGAGGAACUUUGGAGAAGUUGCGAGGAACAUGUCUCCGCUACUCUCAGUCCAGGAAAUGCGUGUGCUCUUUUGACUGCGGCUCUCGAUGCCCAGGAGCGAGUACCCGGUGGUAAAGGGGCUUGCUCCUCCUUUAUUGAAAGAUGUUUCAUUUUCAUUGGAGAGAAUGCGGUAGAUACAGUCAAAACUACAGCAUUUUGUAAUCUUCCAAAGGACGCUCUGGUGAAAUUAAUAUCUUCCGACUACCUAGGAUUGGAGGAAGAAGAUGUUUGGAGAGCAGUACUGAACUGGGCUAAAUAUCAGGCAGGGGUGACGCAGCCUACUCAACACUGGACAGAGGAGGAACGUGUGCGGGUUUGCCAACAUUUAUCAGGAGUGAUAAACCACGUUCGCCUGCUUCUAAUCGACAGCCAGGUCUUUGCGGAGGAGGUAGAACCAACAGGAGCAGUGCCCAUAGAACUUUCCUUGGAGAGGUACGAAUUUUUCAAUCCCGAUCGAUCAAGUGGCACAAAACCCAUAAGAUAUAGGUAUGCAGCCCUACCAAACAAGUAUGCAGAAAUCUGUGCAGAUAAGCGGCUACAGCCAAGAGUAAGUCCAUUCUUGUUUCCUGGGUCACAAAUCCUAUCGCGAGAUAAGAUGGGUUUCCAACGUCUUCUCAAUCAGUGGUAUGGAUCACCAAAGCAAAGUUGGCGUUUAGUAUAUCGAGCCUCUAAUCACGAUUACUCUGCAACAGCGUUCCACCGACAUUGCGAUGGAGUUUGUCCAACAUAUGUAAUUGCAUUGGGCACUCGAGGAGAAAUCUGUGGUGGGUUUAGUGAUGCACCGUGGGGUAAAACGAAUGCUAAAGGACAUUAUAUCUUCUCGGAGAAAGCUUUUUUAUUUACCCUGACUAACAACCAAGAUGUACCUCCAACGAAAUAUGAUAUUGUAAAGAAGCCCUUUGCAAUUUGUUAUCAUCCAGACAUUGGACCAAUUUUCGGAGCAGGAGCUGAUUUGUUAAUUUCUAGUAACUGUAAUGUGAACAAGGAAAGCUACAGUAAUCUUCCCCAUAGCUACGAUGGGGAACACGCUUCUAACACUGUACUCAUGGGAGAUUAUCAUUUUUUUGUAGUAGAUUACGAAGUUUUCACCCUCAGCCACCAAGUUCCCAAAUCUACUCAUUAACAAUAUAAGUAUUUUUCAUUCCAUGAGCUGAAUGAGCUUGUACAUAUACUACUGCAUACUUUUUUUAGUAAAUUUCACUUAACAUAGCGAGUAUAAUAUAAAGUAGAAAUGCAUUAGAUAUUAAAAAAUGAAAGCAUAAAAGUUGAAAGCACAAGUUGUUCAGUUUUCAAGUGAGUAAAUUUUGGCACAAAGAAAUAUGUAAUUUUUUAUGCUGUUCAAAAUAAAGAAUAAAUCAGAAUUA